AGCCGGAGAAUCCCACCAAAGACCGGAACCGGUCUUCCCCUGCUCCGGCGCCAACUGCGCCCGACCGCAAACGUGUGAAACCGGCACCACCCCCUCUCCCACGUGGCGCGGUCGCGUCUGCACUCGGUCAAUUCACCGCACGCCGCCCCACCGUUUUUUUUAGCUUCUCCCCAUCAAAAUGAUGGAAACGUUAGAACACUGUUCUUCUCCUCCUUUAUUUAGAAAAUCUACCGGCCACUGCUCCCCCUUUUCUUUUUUCCAUUCGCCAUCGAACCCAUAAAGAUCCGCCAUUGCCGGCCUCCUCCCAAGCUUCAGGGUUUCCUUUCUCUCUCUCUUUCUCCAGCUCCAGUCCCAAUCCUCUUCCAUUUGCUCUAACAAUUCUCUAAUUCGAUUGAAUUCUAGGGUUUCUGAUUGCUGAGGAGAUCCUGGAUCUCUGGAUUGCAAUGGUUCUGGGUUGAAUUGAAUUUAUUUGAUCCAUUAAUGUGAUAAUGCCGGCUACGGAUUACCAGGGCUCGUCGGUGCCAUUCGCGUCGAUCGGGCGGACGAUCCUGAGCAUUCGCCGCGACCAGGUCCACUCCAUGGAUGGCCACGACGGCGGCUCCAGCCAGGACCAAGAGCUCGAGGCCUUCCAACGCAACGUCGCCGACCUCUUCCUCGACCUCUCCUCCGCCGGCCUCGGCAGUGGCGGCGGCAGCGGAGGAGGAGGAGAAGACCUCCUCUCCCUGUCCUGGGUCCGGAAGCUCCUCGACACCUUCCUCAUCUGCCAAGAAGAGUUCCGCGUGAUCCUAUUCAACAGCAAAGGGAUCCUCUCCCGCCCCCCUCUCGACCGCCUCAUCUCCGACUUCUUCGAGCGCGGCGUCAAGGCCCUUGAUGUCUGCAAUGCUAUUAGGGACGGGAUCGACCAGAUCCGGCAGUGGAAGAAGCACCUCGAGAUCGUUCUGGUCGCUCUCGAUGCUUCUCACAAGACCCUCGGCGAGGGCCAGCUCCGCCGCGCCCGGAAAGCCCUCACCGACGUGACCAUUCUCAUGCUCGACGAGAAGGAGGCUGGCUCCAUCCUUAAUCAACGCAACCGCUCCUUCGGCCGCAACACCCACAGCAAGGAUGGCAACUACCACGCCGGCGGCCGCCACCCGGGCGGUCACUUCCGCUCCCUCUCCUGGAGCGUCUCCCGCUCCUGGUCCGCCGCCCGCCAGCUCCAAGCCAUCAACAACAACCUCUCCGCUCCUCGGGGGAACGAGAUCACCGCCACUAGUGGCCUUGCCGUCCCCGUGUUCACUAUGAGCUCCGUGCUGCUCUUUGUGAUGUGGGCUCUCGUUGCUGCCCUCCCGUGUCAGGACCGUGGCCUCGGGACCCACUUCUCCAUUCCCCGCAGCUUCCCAUGGGCAGCCUCAGUGCUGUCGCUCCAUGAGCGGAUCGUGGAGGAGUCAAAGAAGAAGGACAGGAAGAAUUCUAGUGGGUUGCUGAAGGAGAUCCAUCAGAUUGAGAAAUGCACUCGUCAAUUGGCGGAAUUGAUGGACUCGGUCCAGUUUCCGUUGACCGAGGAGAAGGAGGCGGAGGUGAGGCAGAGAGUGCAGGAGCUGGCGGAGGUGUGCAACGCUUUGAAGGAAGGGCUUGACCCGCUGGAACGCCAGGUGAGGGAGGUGUUCCAUAGGAUUGUGCGCAGCCGAACAGAGGGCCUUGAUAGCAUAAGCCGGUCGCAUAAUCCUGAGUGAAUUGUUUUGAUGUUGGUUAUAUGGGGAGUGGCAUCAAAGGUGCAGUUUUUGCCAGUUUUCUUGUCGCGGGCUUAUUUGUGUUUUGAUUUUUGGGAUGCAACACAUUAGAAGGAAGGCAUAGAUAAGGAGCUGAAGAAAUUUAUCAAAUGUAUCCUUCCACAAUUAAGGUUAACCAGGUACCGCUCCUGUAUUUAGUUACCACUAUACAUUCCAUAAAAUGUGGAUUGCAUUUUUUAGUUA